AUGCAGCUGGCAACACUGCAAAGCGGUAACUUCAAUGUUACGGUCAAUGACAAGGAUCGUCCAGCCUUUGAGGUGGAGGAUAUCAGUGUGAACUCCUGCAGCCCGACUGUGGUUACAUUUUCUCCUGCAGCAGCUGACAACUGCGGGGCUGUGACAGCUGCUGGCAGUCCGUCAUCGGGCUCCGAGUUCCCCGUCGGCGAGACAGAAGUGACCUGCAAGGCAGUCGACGCCGCGGGCAGCACCACUCUAGAGCUUCGUCGUUUUGUGGAGUGUGUUGGCCAUGGCUACCACAAAAGGUCUCACAGUAACAACAUCCGCAGCCGCAGAAACCGCGGCCUGAAGAAGUGGUUGCACAGAAACCGACGCCUGAAGAAGUGGUGGCACAGAAAGAACCGUAUGAAGAAGUGGUGGCACUACCGGCGCUACUGGCAUCGUUAG